UCGGAAGGGUUCAUACAAAGUUCACUCGCAUAUAUUAGGCAAUUCAAUCUUUCACUCUCUGUGGCAAAACUAGUUGGAAAUGAGUUGCACGGGGGGAUGGAUAACCCAUUCGUCAUCGCAGAAGAAACGUGAGCUUUUAAACGCCGUCCUUAUUAUUGUUGAUUUUACAAGAGAAAGAUUCUGCUGUUCGUUCUUGCUGUCGGCAAGCGGGCGAGCGGGACGGGGCGAUUCACAGAAAACACGUCGGAUUACUCUUAUUAUUAUGGAGUCUCUUUCAGAGGUCCGCGACAGGGUGGCGAGUGGACUCGGCGCAAGAAAUGGCAAAUGAGGAUUUAGAAAAAGGCGCGGAGCGUUUCGGUCUGAAAUAAUUUCUGAUUUCGGUGCGGGACGAAGGAGAAGAAGAGGAACAAAAUCUGCCGUGCCAAGGAGAGGGGGGUUGGGAGGGGAGAGGAGUUUGUCGGAGUUGUGUGCGCUUAUAUCGGCGAUUUUUAUCCAUCACGCACAAGACUAGUUGAACGAAGACCCUCCUAUAAUGUUUGACUGCAUGGACAUGUUGACCGUAAGUCCCGGACAGAUGCUGGAUUUCUACACGUCCAGCCCAUCCUCCUGCAUGUUGCAGGAGAAGGCUCUGAAAGCGUGCAUCAGCGGACUGGCGCACAGAGAGUGGCAACAUCGCCGGAGCGCACACUCCAUCGAAACACAGAGCACCAGUUCUGAGGAACUUGUCCCCAGCCCACCAUCCCCACCACCCCCUCCUAGAGUCUACAAGCCCUGCUUCGUCUGCCAGGACAAAUCCUCUGGAUACCACUAUGGUGUCAGUGCAUGUGAGGGCUGCAAGGGUUUUUUCCGCCGAAGCAUCCAGAAAAACAUGGUGUACACGUGUCACCGGGACAAGAACUGCAUUAUCAACAAGGUGACGCGGAAUCGCUGUCAGUAUUGCCGCCUGCAGAAGUGCUUUGCAGUCGGAAUGUCCAAAGAGUCUGUUCGAAAUGACCGGAAUAAGAAGAAGAAGGAGAGCCCAAAGCCGGAUAUGGCAGAGAGCUAUGAGCUGACAGCUGAGCUGGAGACCAUCAUUGAAAAGAUCCGUAAGGCUCAUCAAGAAACGUUCCCCUCCCUAUGCCAGCUUGGCAAAUACACUACGAACUCAAGUGCAGACCACCGUGUGAGGCUGGACCUGGGCCUGUGGGACAAGUUCAGCGAGCUGGCCACUAAGUGCAUUAUCAAGAUUGUGGAGUUUGCCAAACGAGUGCCUGGCUUCACGGGGCUGACCAUUGCAGACCAGAUCACGCUCCUGAAAGCUGCCUGUCUGGACAUUCUGAUCCUGCGCAUCUGUACAAGAUACACUCCUGACCAGGACACCAUGACCUUUUCAGAUGGGCUGACCCUCAACCGGACGCAGAUGCAUAACGCUGGCUUCGGCCCACUCACUGACUUGGUGUUCACUUUUGCCAACCAGCUUCUGCCCAUUGAGAUGGAUGACACGGAGACAGGCCUCCUCAGCGCUAUCUGUCUCAUCUCUGGAGAUCGUCAGGACCUAGAGGAGCCCUCUAAAGUGGACCAGCUACAGGAGCCACUGCUCGAAGCGCUGAAGAUCUAUGUGAGGAAGCGUCGGCCAAGCAAACCGCACAUGUUCCCCAAAACCCUGAUGAAGAUCACAGACCUGCGCAGUAUCAGUGCUAAAGGAGCAGAACGGGUCAUCUCUUUAAAAAUGGAGAUCCCAGGUUCCAUGCCACCACUCAUCCAGGAGAUGCUGGAGAACUCGGAGGGCCAGGAUGGCCAGAGCAGCAGCAGCACUUCAGCUGAGGUGCGGUCCAGCCCCAGCAGCAAGGGGAGCCCCACUGAGGAUGCUGCCACUCUGGAGUCACCUAAGUCCUUGGACAAUGAGGAGGCUACGGCCACACCACCCAGCAUCGAGCCCUAGGGGGAACCCAGGAGCCUCUGAAACUCUCUGGCAUUUUUUUUUUUUUUUUUUAGUUAAAAAAUGAAAAGCCGGGCAAGGUGCCGUUC